CAGCCAGCUCACAGCUCCUCAGAAGUUUAGGACCAUGGAACGAGCCGGCGCAGAACACAUUCUAUUUAGUUGCUAUCCACACCCAAAACCAUCAGAAAUAUUGAUUCAAUAAAACAGCUUUCGACAACCGAAGGUAACCUGCACGUGGAGCUGUGAUGGUAUUUACAUUUUCAGCAUCCUGUCGGAGCAGUGGAGUUUUUGUCUGCCAAACUGGAGUAACACUCACUCCAUAAUAGGCUUGAUCUGGAAGAGUCAUGUAAUACCAGCAGAACAUAUUUCUUUGUUUUUUCCUACCUACCUGUGGUAAUUGAGGUUCUCGCCAGACUGUGAUGACAGUUCAGCAGACAGAGACGGACAGAAGACUAUACAGAUAUCAUGUCUUCCAGUACUGUCAGUCUACCCUUCAAGCAGGAGAGGAAGGGCAGCUUCUUUGAGCUGAUCGACUCGUUUGCCUGGGAAAUCGGCAGACUGAAGAAAGAGAUGGGGAAAAAGACUGAGCCUGCAGAAGGAGACCACAAGACAGAUACACUCUUUGGACUGGGUGAAGAGGUGGGAGGUCUCUUCCUGCAGUCUUCACCUUGUGCUGGGAUUGGAGUGGGGCUAGCUGGAGCAAGAGAUUCGGGCUAUGACUCCCUCCAUCGGCGGCUCAGUGUUCUGGACAGACUGGUUCAUACACAUGCUGUGUGGUUACAGCUGUGCCUCAGCCACCAGGAUGCCACACUCAUACUGCAGGACCAGCCUGCUGGGAUGUUUGUGGUGAGGAAGUCAGCCAGCCUGCAGAGGAAAGUCAUAUCUCUACGAAUGGACAAAGACUCGGCAGUUCCUAUCAAAGACUUCCCUGUCAAGGAGAGCCAGUACACUUUCUCCUUGGAGGGAUCAGGCCUUAGCUUUGCAGACCUUUUCCGUCUCGUGGCUUUCUGCUGCAUUAGCAGGGAUGUGUUGCCCUUCACUCUGAAGCUUCCAGAGGCUAUUGCUUCAGCCAGAACGUCAGCAGAUCUUGAGGAGGUUGCAAAACGUGGAUCAGGCUUCUGGGACGCUCAGUUGUGCCAAAGGAGGAAGGGCUCAAUCUUGUUGUCAUUGACAGCAGCUUCCGACAGAUCACCUUCCCCUACUCAGAGAUCAGUCUCCUUGGCAACUGCCCCAGAGCGUCCUUGGCUUCAAACUCGCACCCCAUCUGAGCUUGAGUGUUGCCAGUCCAACGGAGCACUGUGCUUCAUCAACCCCCUCUUCAUAAAGGUCCACCAACCAGACGGCAGACCAAGCACCACCCCUAACCCCUUGGGCACAGCAAAGCGAGGCCUGAGGGAGGAACCCAUUAGCAACAACCUAGAAACCAAAAACAAGGAUAUUCAGCACUCUUGUAGCAACAGUCCUCAGGUCUGGAGCUCAGAUCACAGUGAAAGAAGCCAGUCAGGUCAUAGUGACCUGCAGAGCCUUGGCAGAAAACCAGAGCUACAAAAUGGUAACAGUAAAAACAGCAUUUGCCAGAAGCUAAGUGCUGCAGACAGUGUGUCUCGGUCCCCACCCCCUCGUCCACCGCCACCACGCUUUGUGCCACAAGGCUCAGCCCCUCCUGUCCGGCAGCGCAGCAUGCCAGAGAAGAUCUCCUGGAUCAACAUCCCCAAGGAGAAAGUGGAGGAGAGAGAGAGGGGCAGCAGCCUCCUUUCUCGUCUGGGCUCUUCAUUAAGCAUCAGCCCCUCGUCCUCCCCUCCCAAGAGACUCAACAUCAGCUCCCCAAUAUCCAUCUCCCGGCCCUCCCUUCCCCUCUCUCUAUCAUCUCUCUCUUCCUCUCCACGUCGGACCAAGGUCUCACCAUCAUCCAGCCAGGAGGAUGCCCAGUGCCACUUGGCAUUGGAGGACCAGACUAUUGAGAAGGCCCUCAUUAGGGCCAAAUUGUCUCAGCAAAAUGCUACCAGAGCCAUGGCACAGGACUCCAGCAGUUCUACAGAACAUGCACCGAUGACAACUAGCAAGCAGGCAGAGAUGCAAGGAGAAGAAGAAGAAGGCGAGGAAUGCAGCAGAGGUGGCCAGCGGCUGAGUGACAUGAGCCUUUCCACAGAUUCCUCAGACUCUCUGGAUUUCUCUCAGUCCUCAGCUUUCUUCCUUCCUUCUCUGCAUGACCCCAGCCCCCCCACUGUGGCUGACUUUAACACCCACCUCCCCCUCUCCCUCCCCCCAUCUCACCUGCCUUACUACCAAAUGGAAGAAGAGGAUGAUGAGGAAGACGAGGAUGAAGAAGAGCCUGACUAUGCCGCCAGCCUUGAGAGUGACCAGGACCAAGACCAGGACCUGACCAUGGUGCCACCGGGACAUCGUACAAAUCGUCGCCCCAGUGCUAGCGCUUUGGUUCUCCAAAAGGCCCUGCGAGGGCACCUGCGCAAGAUGAGUGGCGUUUUCAACUCACUGCUGACGCCUGAGAAGAGGGCGAUCCGCAGGAUUGAGGAGCUGUCCAGGGAUAAAGGCUCGUACUUCGGCUGUCUGGUGCAGGACUACCUGAGCUACAUGGGUGAGGGUGUGGGCACACAGGCUUGGCAGAGCUACGCCUCUGGACUGGAGCUGCUGCAGACUCUCCGCCAGUUUAUUACUCAGAUGAAAAGCUACCUGAGACAGAGCUCUGAGAUGGAGCCACCAAUCGAGAGCCUCAUUCCUGAAGAUCAGAUCGACCGGGUCCUGGAGAAGGCCAUGCACAAGUGCGUCUUGAAGCCUCUCAAACCGGUGGUGAGCUUGGUUCUGCAGGAGUUCCAGGUGCGUAGCGGGGCCUGGCAGGAGAUGAAGGAGAACCUGUCGCUGGCCAAGGCACGGCAGCCGCAGGAAAUGGGUGUGGCUGACACGCCGCCCCCGGAUCAUGUGGCCAUAGAAAAGAUCAAACACAAGUUCCACACCAUGUGUAAACUGUACUCCCCAGAGAAGAAGGUGACCUUGCUGCUGAGAGUCUGCAAACUCAUCUACACCAUCAUGGAAGAUAAUUCAGGUCGUCUGUAUGGUGCAGACGACUUCCUGCCGAUGCUGACCUAUGUGUUGGCCCAGUGUGACAUGCCCCAGCUGGACAAUGAGAUACUUUAUAUGAUGGAGCUGCUGGACCCUUCGCAGCUUCAUGGAGAAGGUGGCUACUACCUGACCAGUGCCUAUGGAGCGAUAUCUCUGAUCAGAAACUUCCAGGAGGAGCAGGCAGCCAGAGUACUCAGCUCUGAAACCAGAGACACACUCCACCAGUGGCACCGCCGCCGCACCACCCAGCGCUCUGCACCGUCCAUUGAUGACUUCCAGAACUACCUACGGGUGGCGCUGCAGGAGCUGGACAGUGGCUGUACGGCCAAGACUCUACAGGUCCGACCUUACGCCACCGUGGAGGAAGUCUGCCAGCUUUGUGCUCAGAAGUUUAAAGUGCCAGAUCCUCAGAACUAUAGCCUCUUCCUGUUGAUGGAGGGCAGCAGCCAGCAGCUUGCACCGGACACCCACCCUCAGAAGAUCAAGGCUGAGCUCCACAGCCGCCCGCAAGCCGCUCCUUUCCACUUCGUCUUCCGUCGUGUGGCCAACAGCACCUUGUCAUCAGCUCCCCUUGAUACUAAACCCAACCUCAACACCCUCACUGUUAACUCUGACCCCCAGGCCAACCUGAAUGACCUCAGCAUGGAACUGUCAGCUCUGAGUCUCAGCCUGCCAGUGGACCGACUGGAAGUUUGAAUGUGGUCUUUGUCUCCCAGCAGUGAAAGUAUCAGUCAUUAUCUCCAACAAACAUGGUUCCAUGAGACUGAAAUGCACCAGCAUGUUGAAAGGGUUAAACUGGGCAAAACACUGUGCAGCAGCAGUCUUUACAAAGCCUGACUUCUCCUUUUGGAUGACGUUUGUCUCAGACAACUUUUCACUGGAAAGUUCUUUCUUAAAGACAGGGGUGAAAGAGGAAAAGAAAAAAGGAGGGAAGGAAAUGAGAGAGAUUGAGUCUUUUUUUGACUUCCUUGGCUUUAGAUUGGGCAUCGGAGCAAUACUUUACUGAAGACAGCUCUAAAAGUCUUACCACAUAGUAAAGGUAGAGGUAAUUUUAAGUGUUAUUAAAGACCACUCAGAUGUGUUUAUGGUCUUGCCGUCAUGCUGGUGCUUGAGGUUCAGAUUCAGGGUCAGUUGUUAUUGUUGCUGCCUUUAAGGUACAUUGAGGGAAAUCAAAUCUCAGAUACAUGUGAAACUAAUCUUUGAUUAAUCACUUUAAAUAUACAACAGAUUUAUUUAGGUGGCAUGUAUAACUAUGAUUCACUUGUUACAGUUGCUGGUAAACUGUGUUGUUUUGUUUUGUAUAUUUUGAAACUCUUAGUCCUUCAGAUUGACUGUUUUAAUGGAUUUUGGCGACACCCAGUGGUGUCUGGUGCACAUAGCAAUCUAAUAUUUUCCGAAAACUUCUAUUUGAAGCAGAACAUUUAAGGCCUCAGGUGGGAAGCUAUACAGUUUACAAUGACAAAAUUAUUUAGAAGAAAAGAAGAGGAAUUCAGCUAUACAGCUACACAAUCUUAAACAAAUACAGACACCUUAAAAAUAAUUUCCCAUGGGAAAGUGGACCCAGACUUUUGGACCUCGCUGUACAUAUAAAAUUUGUUUUUAACCUUGCUGUAGCAAGAGCUCCCAAUGUUUUUGCCUGCAUAGUUGUACACCUUAUCUGUAUGGACUACCGUGAAAUGAUAAUCCAGUUAUAUCAAAUCCAUGACUCGUGGUUUAUUAAUCAUCAGUCAGAGAGCCACAACCGCUAGUUUUCCCCUUCUUCUUUCAACAUGUAGUGUUUCCUGUGCAUAAAGCUGCCUAUUUUCUUACAGAUCCCAGAAUUAUCAAUGAAUGUUAAAAUAUGAACCAGUGCCUAAAGACAUUGGAUGGCUAUAUGGUGGUGGGAAACAUACAUAAUGUUUUUUUAAAUGAUCUGAGAAAAUAUGUAUGGUCUGCAGUAGGAAGCAGUGUGCCUUGCAGUAACCAGUUCUUUUUUCAGAGGUCUGAUAAUCUCACUUCUUUCUAACUCUACACCCCCAGAUUGUUUUUGGAAACUUCAGCCCCAGUCAGUACUGACUCAAGUGACAUCACUUAAGGACAUUUAUCAGACUUCACACAGCUCCCUCUGGAGACACUAAAAAAUCCUUGAGAUUCUUCAGUGAAUUUUGAAAAAAGAACUACAUACUGAUAAAUACUACAAAAUGUUGGUAAGAAACAGUAUCAAAUAUGGUAGUUUUUUAAAUGAUUAUUUUAAGGAUUAACAUUUUAAAAAUUUUUAAAAUAUUGUUCCUGCAUGUACUUUGUGUUUAAGGGUAAUGUCAGAAACAGGCAGCUCUGCCAGUGUUUAAAAAAAUGUAACAUUCAUUUAUGUAUGUACUGAUUAUCCUGGUGAUAUGAAAGAUACUAUAUCAUAGAUAUUACUUGUUAAAGGGCAUCUUCUCCAUUCAGACUGACAACAUGUGACUGAGGAACAACUGUGGUUGGCUGCCAUAUUAUAAUUUGAACACAGUCUCUGUACUACUGACAGAUGUUAUGGUUUUAUUCUGGUGAGAAAUAGAGGUUGUGUGGACUUCUUAGCUGGUCUGAGGUCACUCACAGUGAAACGUGCUGUAUGGCUCUUUACGGAUCUUGUAGAAGUCUGGAAAGAAAAAUUUUCUCUGAGAAUAUAGUGACCAGAGGAGUAUUACUGAGAUGGGCCAACUCUGCAAUACACACUCUAUUGUAUCAGUAUUGAGUUUGGUACCAUUAGAAAAAAUACUUGAAACUUUCUUGUGAAUUUUAAAUGUUUGUUAGUAGAGAGGAAACUGAAAAGUGAUGUGGCUGAAGGAAACCUGAGAGCUGUUGGAGGCAGUUGAGAAGUAUUAAUGUCAUGUAUCAGUGUAUGUAGCCUGUACUUAGCUCACCAUGUAUAUCUCUGGGGGCCAAGUGUUCAAAAGUUUGAAUUGACUCAUACUGCUAUGUUAUUGUCAGUAUCACUUUCUUUGAUUAAGCAAAGUGAGCAAAUAUAUGUAUCUGUGCAGGGAUUUUUCACAGAUGGCUUUUCCAUGGCUGCAAUAUUCUUGUCGGUGUCAAAUUGUCAUUUUCAUCCAGGAGACAUCUUCCUGCUCAUUAUUUGUCAUUAAAUAAUAUCACAAAUA